CUACUCUGGUCCCUCGCCAUCUUUUCCAGCAAGUUCAAAUCCUGCCCUCAUAAUGCUAGAGGUCUGCGUCAGGCUGCGGGAAGAAGAGGUCGCCUGGUGAGGGCCACCUACCUUUCUUCCGUCACUUCGUCACUUAGGGGAGCUGGUCCCUCGGUCUAGGUGCCCGGUCAGGAAGAGCAGGGACUGGACACCUCAACCACCACCCUCGUGUUCGGCAGAGUACGACGCGUCCAUGGGAAUUUCUGCGUCGAAGGCUGCCCUCGGGGCUACCACCGAUGAGCCCACUGAACCAGAGCCAAAACACCUGGCUGAUCUAAUACAGUACAUAAAUGAAACAAAUAUGAGUGUUGUACAUCUGGCUAAUAUUCUUUCUGAGAAAACUAGGAGCAACAGCUGGGUGGUGGUGUUCAAAGCCUUGAUUACCGUGCAUCAUCUCAUGGUAUAUGGGAAAGAGCGUUUUAUCCGACAUCUUGCAUCUCGAAACUCAUUGUUCACUUUACACAACUUCCUAGAUAAAAGCGUCACAGAAGGCUAUACUAUGUCAGCCUUCAUCAGACGAUACAGCAGAUACUUGAAUGAAAAGUCACUCGCGUAUAGACUGAUUGCAUCUGACAUCACAAAAGUCAAGAGAGGGACGGAUGGUGUGAUGAGAACUAUGAAUACCAAAGAUCUGCUAAACACACUUCCAGUUAUUCAAACCCAAUUGGAUGCUCUUCUUAAUUUUAAUGCAAAGCCAGAUGAACUAACUAAUGGUAUAAUACAUGCUGCUUUUAUGCUCCUCUUUAAAGAUUCUCUUCGUCUCUUUGCAGCCUAUAAUGAAGGGAUCCUUAAUCUGCUAGAUAAGUAUUUUGACAUGAGGAAGAACCAAUGCAGGGAAAGUUUGGAUAUUUACAUCAAGUUCCUUGGAAGAACAACCAAAUUUGCACAGUUCCUGAAAGCUGCAGAGCAAGUUGGAAUUGACCAGAGCGACAUUCCAUAUCUUACUCAGGCACCCUACAGUUUCAUUGAAGCACUAAAACAACAUUUAGCUUCUUUGGAAGAGAAAAAUGACAUUUUACCUCCUUAUGGUUUCCAACAUGUAUGUAUUCCAUCCAUCCCAGCUGGUCCAGUUUCAAAAGCUUCAGGAAGCACAACUUUGUUUGAAGCAGCCGACAAAUCUGUUGGAGACAAACAGCAAGGUGCAACGAUAAUAGCAAACAACUUGGAUGGCUCACUUGUUAGCCUCAUAGGAAAUCUUAACUUUGGAGAAAGCCCCAUUGACAAAACUGAAGUGAAGUGCUGUCAACCUUCAGAAAUGGAAGUUAAUGGUGGAAUGAACUGGCAGUUGAAUACCUCCUCUUGUACAUCAACCAUCUGGAAUUCUAUUUCUGCUCCUCUUGUUCCCCACAUGGUACUACCUCCAGUGGCCUAUCCAGUGACUUCACAGCAAGCAUCUACAUAUGGAAUGGUUCCCAGUCCAACAGGAUGUCCUUCCCUAAUGGCAUCUCAACCCAUGAUUUAUACCCAAGAAGACUUCAAGACCAGCCCUCUUUCUAUUCAGUCCCCAGGCCAUCAGAUGCAGUCCAUGUAGAGAUACCAAAGCAAAAAGAUUCAGAUUCAGAGGUGAAUAAAAUGGUGAUCUUUCUGCAGGUUGAACUGACUCAUCCACAUCUUCCAAGUACAAUAAACAUUCACUUGGAUAUUCAA